AAGAAAGAGAAUUUAGGUGUUUUAUUCGGUCGAUAGAUGGCAUUAAUAGAGUAAUAUUGAAUCGUGGCGACGUGGUGCGGGCGCCGGUUUUCACUCUCAGACUAAUAAGAAGGAGUGGCGUAGAAAUACGAUAUUAUUAAAGCUAAGCCAAGUACAUGAAAGCUCAUUGUUACAUGAUAAACUUAGGCCUUCCUUAGUAUAUAAGGGAAUAUCAUUAAGUUUAUGGCCUGUAGCGCAAUUUGUUCAUAUAGGAUGAUUUUGUGAUAUUUAGUUCGCGCAGGCUGUUAUAAAAAUCAGGAGGAAAUUGAUUAAAGGCUGAAGAGUAGAGGGAAACUGUAUAUUUCUAGUGUAGAACGACGAUGAAGCUGAUCGGCGAGCGAUUUUAAGCCUCUUUCCGUCGACAGUCUUUGAUAUAUAGUAUAGCUUUGGGGGAUAAAUAGCAAAUAAGUCUGUAUGUAUGUGUAUUAGUGUGCAUGUAUAUAUACAUGCAGAUCGCAUUAAGUUAUAUUUAGUCAGAGAUACGUUUUUUUCGAGACAGUCGCUAUGCGUUCGUCGCUGUUAGCAUCGAUUUUUUUCCUGUUUUGUUCCCCGAACAAAUGCGACGUCUCUUGCCGGAACAAUAGGAACGAGACGGUUGAUUGGUUCGCCGUCUACAAAUUACCUAAACGCGCUCACAGCUCAGACCGGAAGUUGAAGGAAGGAAAGGCGUUCGAUUAUUUGGACAGUGGAAGAACUUACUGGAGGAGGAAUGAGAGAUCCGUUAACGAUAGUCGACAACCUCUCUCCUACACCGUCGGGCAAAUAUACGAAAAUAAAAGCCUACAAUACAUCAUCUACAACGAUCAGCCACCGCCUUCAGCCGAAGGUCGCCCAGCUAUCGGCUGUGGACAUACUAAAGGCUUGGUAAUUUUUGAUGAGAAAACAGCUAUUUGGAUUGUGCAUAGUAUACCUCAUUUUCCGCCCGACCCUUCCCUUUCAACUAGAUACGCUUAUCCGAGAAGCGGAUGUCGGUUCGGUCAGAACUUAUUAUGUAUGAACGUCGACCGAAGCCAAUUACCGUCGGUAAUAGAACAGUUGUGGUACAAUGAAGCGAAUGUAUACGCUUCUAACAUUAAGCCAAACUAUUUAGACAUUAAAUAUUUAUACGAAGUCGUUCAUAACAAAUAUCCAGCUUAUCGUUCUUCCUGCGAACGCGUCGCCGACAUUUCCGGCUUUAAGACAUUCGCUAAAUCUAAAUGUUUCGGUGAUGAUUUAUACUCUGGUCUAGUAGCGUCAACACUCACUUCCGAUCUACUUGUAAACACCUGGCAAUUGGAAAAAAAGAGCGACGUUUUAGAAUCAAAUUGCAGCGCAAAGUAUUCGGUGAAGAAUGUGAAGGGUCUAAAGGUCAACAACGACAAUUUUAAUAAUACAUCCGAUCAUUCCAAGUGGGCGGUGAACGAUGAUGAUUCGAGACAGAGUACCGAAUAUUGGACAUGUAUUGGUGAUAUAAAUAGGGACAAAUCUCAAUUCAGAAGGGGAGGAGGGACGGUAUGUAGGAGAUCAUACGCCCUUCAUAAAGCAUACCGUCAAUCGAUAAAGCGCAUAGAAAAAUGUACCGAGAAAACAGGCACAAAGAAGCGAGUGUAUUGUGCGAACAAUAACACAACAUAACUAAAAUUUUAUGUUAUAUCGUAUAAUAUAUAUGCCAAAUAUAUAUAUAUAUAUAUAUAUGUGGGAUAUAUACAUAAGCUUUUGUAGACAAUUAUAUCUUUUCAGAAAAUAUACAUAUAUAUAUAUGUGUGUGUAUUAUGUAUGUAUAUAUAUAAAUAUAC